CCAUGGGACGCACCGUCGCGCCGGCCGGGACGGAGGACAGGGCAGGAGCCUAUGAGGUCGUCAGCGCCUCGCUCCUGGACGGAGACUUCCGGAACCUGAGGCGCAGCGCCCACGGCGAGAAUCACCCAGAGGUGCUGACUUUUCGAAUACAACUGGAGAGCGAGGAGCUGAUCUUGAAUCUGGAACGAAAUGAAGGCCUCAUUGCCAGCGGUUUCACGGAAACGCAUUACCUGCAGGACGGCACGGAGGUGUCCCUCGCUCGGAACCACACGCUGUUACCUGAGAAGCUCACAGCCCAGCGCCUUCCUGAGGCCCGAGAGGAGCUGGAUGUCACCCAUGGAAGCACCCUCCUGCCUCCAGCAAAACCUGGCCUUGGCCCGAUGAGCCGGGACAGGGGACUCAUUACGUUUGAAAAUAAAAGCUACGUCCUAGAGCCGAUGGACAAUGUAACCGACAGAUACAAGCUCUUCUCGGUCGAAGCCCUGAAGGGCGUCUGGGGUUCGUGCGGGUCGCAUCCCAGCGCCUCGGGCCCCACUGCGGGCGGCGGGCACCCACCGCCCUCCCGGACGCGGCGUAAGAGAGAGACCCUGCAGAUGACCAAGUACGUGGAGCUGGUUAUUGUAGCCGACAACCGCGAGUUUCAGAGGCAAGGAAAAGACCUGGGAAAAGUGAAGCAGCGACUAAUAGAGAUCGCGAACCACGUGGACAAGUUUUACAGGCCGCUGAACAUCCGCAUCGUGCUGGUGGGCGUGGAGGUGUGGAACGACAUCGACAAGUGCCCCAUCGGCCAGGACCCCUUCGCCAGCCUGCACGAGUUCCUGGACUGGAGGAAGGCCAAGCUCCUGCCUCGCAAGGCCCACGACAACGCACAGCUUGUCAGUGGGGUCUACUUCCAAGGGACCACCAUCGGCAUGGCGCCCAUCAUGAGCAUGUGCACGGCGGAGCAGUCCGGGGGCAUCGUCAUGGACCACUCGGACAGCCCCCUGGGCGCGGCCGUGACGCUGGCACACGAGCUGGGCCACAACUUCGGGAUGAACCACGACACCCUGGAGCGCGGCUGCAGCUGCCGGACGGCCCCGGACAAGGGGGGCUGCAUCAUGAACCCCUCGACCGGGCAAGUACUCUCGCCUCCAGCGGCUUCCAGAGUCGGGCCGCAGCUUGACAGGCGUGUUGGGAAACAAUGAGCAGGAAACUCCCCG